AGAGGGGAGGCUCCCUUGGCAGAGUCGUGUGUGUGGGCGCUGGGGGUGCAGUAGGAAAGUGCUGUAUUUGGUGGCUGAACUACACCCUGUGACAACUAUGCCCUCUGUGCACGCGUCUACAUUGUGAGGGCCACUUUUCUAUGGGAAUCUCGGCGCGGGGGAAUUACACAGGUUAGUCUUCCUAUAAUGGGCGUCGCUUGGACCAGCUGAGGGGAAAGUACGCGCUCUAUCGAGGAGAGACGAGGUACUGGCGUUUGUGGGAUCGCUAGGGCGAAAUGUAGCGACCCAUUAUCACUGGAAAAGGAAAUAAGCACGGGCACCGAAGAAUAAAGAUUAUGGAGUGGAGCUUUCCUUAGGGACACACGGGCACAGGAAAGCGCCAGGAAGCCUUUGGGAUUGGCAGUUCUCGCCAGUGGGGAAGGAGUAACUGGAAUACAGAGGGAAAAGUGUCGCAAGACUGAAUCGCAGCAGUGUGGGAACAGACGGGAAAGGAUUGUGUGCAAAGGAAGAGACUUGCUCCUAUCAUGAGAACUUCGCACUCCUGUUCGGGUCUGGUGGCUUACGGGCUGUUCCUGCUAAACUGUGCCAUUCUGUGCUGCAGCCAGUUACUUCAUCAACCCCAGUGUGACCCUGAAAAGGAGUAUGAAUCAAAUGGAGGCUGCUGCAGUAAAUGUCAACCAGGUUUUUCCAUGACCUCUAAAUGCACUGAUUCUAAGGACACCAGCUGCAAUCCAUGUGGACCUAAUGAAUACAUGCCAUCCUGGAAUAAUGAUUACAAAUGCUUUUCUCAUCAUAUAUGUGAUUCAGGCAAAGCUCUGAAAGUGGAGUUUCAUGGAAAUAGCACAGCUCCCAGAAAGUGUGUUUGUGAGGAAGGAUACCACUUUAGUCACGAUUAUGAAUUCUGUAACAAAAAUACCAAAUGCAUACCUGGCUAUGGGGUGGUUCGUCCAGUUCAGCUAAAUACAGAUACCAUAUGCAAAGCCUGCCCAGUAGGAUAUUUCUCAAAUGUCUCUUCUUCAAAGGAGUCAUGCAAACCAUGGACCAACUGUUCAAAGCUUGGUCUGUUUGAGAGUAAGCCUGGAUCUAACCAUUAUGAUGUUGUGUGUGAUCACCUCAACCCCAAUCGGCAGAGGGUUGUCAUUUUCAUUGUUUUACCCUUGGUGAUUACAAUAAUCAUAUUCAUGACCAUCUACUUUUUGUGCUGCACGAACCGCCUGAAAGAUCUGAAAGGAAAUCUGGAGCAGUGGAUGACUGAUUUGUGCCACCAGUUUCAAGAAGCUGAGAAAAAAUCCCCAUGCAAUAUUUGCACAAGAACAAAUAAUUAUAGACAAGGACAACAGAAUUUUACACCAUAUGUGACUGUUUCCAUGGAGAACGAUUGUGACGCGGCCCAUAAAGAUCCUAAGGAGCAACGUGGUGGUCCAGGGACAAGCUGUGUUAGAGAAUAUGAGGUGAAACAAGGAAGAAGUGGCCCUAUAGAAAAUGAAUACUUAGAAAGGAAGUAUGCUAUGGCGACAGAUGGACCAGCAUGUGUGUCAGAUACAGCAGAAAGCUCAGUGGAGAGUGAGACCAUUAGUUCCUUUUACACUGGUCCUGAUCACCCUCUGCAUUUACAGAAAGAUGCUUGUGGACAGUCUGCCAGAGAGCUUACUGGGAAACACAUUGUUAACAGUAACUAUGGUAACUGCAGCAUGACAGAACCCAUGAGCAGUAUGAAUGGAUGUUGUUCACAAUUGAGUUCAAGCGGAUUUUCCUUGCAAACAAAUGGACCCCCAAGUAUGACUUCCUCUGAGGAGACAGAUUCUCACAAUGAUGGGAGCACUCCUACAUCGGAAACACCACCGUUAUCUGGACAAGUUACAGGAAAUAAUAACACAACUGUCAUUUCAAACGGUUCAGUAAUGAACAUAAAAGCUGAUGUACUUUUAUUGGUCCUAAGCCCAACUUCCCAAGAUGCACCUACAACACCUGACAGCAACGAUGGAAAUAUGGGGAAACCAGUGCAAGAGGAAAAUCAAUGCCGUUGUGACAGUUUUGUUGCAAACACAGAAAAUCAUGUAGGCAAAUACACACAAUAUUCUGAUGAUCUUUCAAAAUCAUCUCAAAAUACAGAAAGUUGGACAUCUAGCACAGACUUUAUACAAGGCAGUGGUAGCCCACUCAUUUUAAGUCAGGAACUAAAUAACAUUUGUCCAUGCCAAAAUAUUUGCCUAUCACCAGUGCAAGAGGAAGGGAAACCUGAAUAAACUCUCUGAGGAGCAGGAUGGAUAUUUCACAAAUGCAAGAAGAUGUCAGUUGGGCCUACCACACGCGCCCAGUCAUGCUUUUGAAUUAAUUUGCAGGAUUACCUAGGUUGUGCUGGCAAGAACAGAAUGAGAGCUGAUGGAAUGCAAAAGCAAAAAUGGAAAAGUUGUGCAGUGGACCACUUGUUUUUGUCAAGAUGAUGGAAUGCACCCAGAAGCUAAGAAGAGUUUUUUGUUGUACUGAAAGAAGAAAAUGUUUUAAUCUUUGUGAAUGUGGAUUUGAAAACUUGCAGUCUAUGAAACCAAUUUAGAUUUAAAUACACUUUUACCUAUGGAUAAAUGGUUUUACAGAGA